AUGAAUCGGAAUACCAAGGAAAGUCUCCGUUCUUCUGACAUUGCUGCACGUGAGGCAUCCCCACUCAAGUACACGAGUCAAAUGGACGAAGCCGAUUGGAACUCUGUACUGAGGAACUGUUGCUUAUUGUAUGGUUGGAAAAUCGACAAGAGGACAAGCAGUACUGUGAAAGCCACGACCCCUGCUUUUCGACUCAGGAUCAAGCUGCCACCGAGGCCGAUAGCUCUUCCGUCUCCUGCUAUUCAACAGCCAGUGAUCACUCCAGAAACCCCAACCGAGACGUCAGUAACAUCAACGUCCGGCACUGAGAAGUCCCCAGAUACUUCGAAAGAUGUCUCAGCUGAAGGACAAGGAACUGAAGCAGCCGUCAAAACAGAAAAGCCACUAAUCUCAGAGAAUGUGGAAGCAGCCGCGCCCAUUCCAGCAAAGCUCGGGGCCAUUCCAUCAUAUGCAAUCAAUGACAGAUCUAAAAUCGAAAUAACCAUGGUCAGCAACGAGUUCCAGGAGUCCAUGGCCAGGAAUAAUUUCGGUGAAUCGUCAGUGGAAGGCUCGGCAUCUGGAGGAUGGGGCAGAUACUUAGUAGGCGUUACAGGCGGUGCUGCCAAAGAAGACACCUACAUGUUCCAAGUUGAUUUCUUCCUGAGACCAGAGGAUCUAGAGCCAACCGAGGAGCUUCGUGCCGCCCUUGAUGGCAUCAAGCAGACCAAGAAUAUCAACGCGCUCCGGGAGCUUUAUAGUACCUUUGGCCAUCUGUUUUGUCAUUCUGUCACUUUUGGAGGCUGCCUUCAAACUACCAAGGUUGUUGAGAACGAUGAAGACGUCAAGCAGAGCAAGGAAAAGCAAUCAUUCAAGGCACAGGUUGGAGUUGCUGUUUUCACUCCAUUUGGGGCUAAAGGAAACGCCAAAGGGUCUAAGGAGAGUCAAGACAGUGUAAAGGCUUUUAACAGAAGUGCGAGUACGAGCGAGAGUAUGGGAUUUGAGGCUACUGGUGGAAAUUCGAUCCUGGCAGCAGACCCGCUGGCUUGGAGUGGUUCAGUUGCGAACUUCAACAACUGGCGUAUCAUUGAGCAGACCGAACUCACCCCAAUUGUUGACACCAUCUCAAAGAUGGCUGGCUAUCACGGAACUAGGUCGUGGUUCUUUGCCGCGGUGCCUAAGCUCAGUGAGUACAUGGUAACCUCAGAAUCAAGGAUGCUGCAUGUCCGCUUCAAGGUUGCCAGCCAGAACGAGAGUUUUGGCGUCAUAUCUCACAAGAAGGUACCGGCCUAUCUAGGACAUCGUCCGAACGAAUCGACAGCCAAAGAAGCAUUCAGGAAUGGAUCGUUUGGGCUUAUUGGAGACAUGACCAAGAUUACGGCUCAGAAUCCUGGUUUCUCUACCACUCCAGUCUUCGAGCCAAGCAGGACUCAAGCGUCAAUCCUAAUGUUCCCUUCCGGAGCAGAACUCGGCACUAAGACAGAUGAAGCAUUCAGCCACGUAGUCUGGCGGUUAGAGAUUGCCAGGGGACACAGCAUCGGCUCUGAUACCCUACUAUGCGUCAAAUCAGCGGCAAUUCCGAAGGCUGAUUUAGCCUUAACCGUGUACCGUAAUGCUCAAGGAGUAUUUCUUCCAUCCAUCAGCAGCACGGACGAACCAUGCUACUGGCGACUCGAGCCCGUCGAAACCUCCGGAAUAUCCAAAAUGAAAGGGGAUCGUUACAAAUUCGGUGACUCCUUCAGGCUUACCUGGUCAUUCUCCGAUCAAACAAGCGGCUUCCGAGACUUCGUUGAUGACUCAUAUGGUCGACACAACCUAACUCGUCCUUCUGAGAUCAAGAGCGAUAAGUUAUGCUUCAAGGUGCCCUUUCCACGGUUUGAAGGUAUGCUAUCGGACUAUAUGGCAGUACUCAUGUCGACUGCCUUGACAACGGAUCCUAUUAUUGAGAAGAUCAAGGUACUUGAUGGAUAUAACCAAGAGAAGCCUUACAAUCUACAUGAUCUGUCGUUUCGGGUCGAUAUGGUUGGUAAUGAUGGCAACGGCGACAAGAAUGACUAUGCAAACCUUACGGCGACGAGCUGGCAGGAGUUAGAUCAGAAGCUUUCGCCGGAGGAGAAAUUGUUGGGUAACAUGCUUGGACCUUCUCCGAUGCUUAUUGGCGGUGUACUGGGGGAUAUGGGGUUCACCCGCUGA